AAAUAUUCUAGUCUCUGUAGUUCGAAAUGCUAGCAAAAAGCAAUCAGGAUCCACUAGGAAUACCAGCCCAAAGUCCCGUCCCAAACAUAGAGGGUGGAGAGUCCAGGACGGCCACACUGUUACAGCCGGAACGAUUCUAGCAACUCAGCGGACUUUGCGGUUUCACCCCGGCUUAAAUGUUGGGCUCGGUCGCAACGGUACUUUGUUCGCAAUACUGCCAGGUAGAGUGAUGGUUACUUGCGAAAAGACAGACCCCAAAUGGGACCACACAUGGGUUCAAAGGUGCCAUGGACAUCGACAAGGGGUCGAAUUCUACAAAAAGUAUUUCAAUGUGAUGCCUGAAAGGCAGCACCAAAACUUCAAUCUCAUUGAUCAAAUCUAGUUUGUCUAGUUACGGUUUUUAGAGCGUGUUUUUCAUGUUAAAUAGAUAACAAUGUUAGUGUG